UCGCUCAGUACUUCGCUGGAGUUUGUCGCGUACGGUCGGAUUGACCACGAGGUCCCCCAUCAAAGUGAAAUUGUUGUGCGAAGGGAGGAAGAACUAGAUAAAAUUAUAGACAGUCGGACUUGCAGAUAGUUUAACUAUUUACUGCCUUUAAACAUCAGUGUUACGCAACCGGUCAACAGCACCACCGCGACCCGCGCUUGAGUGAUAUACCAAAAUAGAAACGUAGUCUUCGAUCACUGAUUGGGACUAGCCUGUACGAUUAUUAAUUUUAAUUAGUCCGGCAACGUUUUCAUACAAUCGGAUUCACUUCGAAUAAAUCUCGUUUAUUUAGAACUAGUCUCAGCAUUCCUACACAUAUUGUGCGAACCGUUGAUCCAUUGAACUGGAUGAGUCAACAACACAACAAAAGUGAAAACAGGCAACCGGUAUGAUUUGUUGUAGCUCAGCAAACCGUAAACCGGAUUUAGGUAAUUUGGUUUGAUGCUGUUUCUUUUGAAGUAACAUAACUAACGAAGCAAGCUUGCACAGAGCACAGAACGAAUAUCUUAUUUAUACAACUGACACUUGUUGCCUUAAUAUUCGAGCCGCUCGAAGUGAAGACACGCGUGAACGCGACUGUACAGAGAAGCUCAUGGUGAACAAAUUGUUGAGCCAGUGAAGGUGCAUUUGACAGCCAAAAUGGACGAUCAUCCGAUGGAUGAUUUUUGCGGCUCCGUAUUUUGGGAUUACAAUCUAACGUGGUACACGGAUAAUCCAGAUUUAACACCAUGCUUUCAACAAACGGUGCUAGUAUGGGCACCAUGCGCCUUUCUGUGGUUGUUUUUCGUUAUCGAGUUAUAUUACCUGCGCAACAGUCGAAAUCGUAACGUGCCUUGGAGUGUAGUGAAUGUGUCGAAAAUAGUUGUCACCAGUGCAUUGCUUGUACUUACUUUGGUAGAUCUAAUAAAAGCAAUCUCAACGGAGGGUCCGGUAGCACCGGUUUACUUCUACACACCAGUAAUCAAAAUGGCAACAUUCGUAUUUGUUGCUGCUUUAGUGUACUUAAAUAAGUUCUACGGUAUGCGAACUUCAGGGCUCUUGUUUCUAUUUUGGUCACUGCUUACGAUAUGUAGUAUUCCACGGUGCCGAACUGAAGUUCGACUACACCAGAAUCGAACGGAGUCAGAUUCAUGGGCCGAGUAUCAUUUUGUUAGCUUUUUCAUUUUCUUCUUUUGUUCCUGCGUAAUGUUAAUACUGAACUUUUUCAUCGAUCAACCGCCCCAAUUGACGAAAUACGAAGUAACUGAAAAGGAUUGCCCGGAACUGUCAGCAACAUUUCCUUCGCGCCUUGUGUUUGGUUGGUUUGAUAGGCUGGCCUGGACUGGUUUUAAAAGGCCUUUAGUUACGGAAGACCUGUGGAAUAUGAAACCAGAGGAUGCUUCUAAGGAAGUUUCACCACUUUUCAUGAAGUAUUGGAACCAAACAUUAGACCGUACCUACAAAACUUAUGAGACAAACGAUGUUACUAGCAGCGCUAGCUUUAAGAAGCAAACCUCUCGGGUUGAUUUUCGAACAAUAAAAACGAAAAAAAUUGCAUCAAUUCUGCCAGCACUAACCAAGGCUUUUGGAAGAACUUUUGCCUUCGGAUCGUUUCUUAAAUUAGGCCAAGAUUUACUGACGUUUGCCUCACCACAAGUUUUGCGAUUAACGAUAGAUUUCGUCGGAGGAGAUGAACCCUUGUGGAAAGGUGUAUUUUACGCAACACUCUUAUUCGUGGUCGCUGCCACACAGACUUUAUUUUUGGCUCAGUACUUCAACCGCAUGUUUUUCGUUGGGCUCCGAAUUAGAACCGCACUGAUUAGUGCCAUUUAUCGAAAAGCGCUUAUUAUUUCAAACAGCGCUAGGAAAAGUACGACCGUUGGAGAAAUCGUAAACUUGAUGGCUGUCGAUGCGCAAAGAUUCAUGGAUUUGACCACCUACAUCAAUAUGUUGUGGAGCGCACCGCUGCAGAUAGGGCUAGCAUUAUUUUUCCUGUGGGAUAUUCUCGGUCCCUCCGUGCUAGCAGGUCUAGCUGUGAUGAUAAUUUUAAUUCCCGUGAAUGGAGUUAUUGCGAACAGAAUCAAAACUUUGCAGAUCAAACAGAUGAAAAACAAGGACGAACGAGUUAAACUCAUGAAUGAGGUGCUUAGCGGAAUCAAGGUACUGAAGCUGUAUGCCUGGGAACCAAGUUUUGAGCAGCAGAUUUUAAAAAUCCGUGAUAAAGAAGUGAAAGUACUUAAAUCGGCAGCCUAUCUGAAUGCAGGAACAUCGUUCAUUUGGUCUUGUGCUCCGUUUCUGGUAUCCUUGGUCACUUUCGCAACUUAUGUCUUGGUGGAUGAGAAUAAUGUUCUGAACGCAACAACUGCUUUCGUAUCACUAGCACUCUUCAAUAUCCUUCGGUUCCCACUAUCGAUGUUGCCUAUGCUCAUCUCUAACUUGGUGCAAACCAGUGUAUCGGUUAAACGUAUUAACAAAUUCUUAAACCAAGAAGAGUUGGACCCCGACAAUGUGCAGCACGAUGAAAAACAAUCCUGUCCGCUGUUGAUUGAGAACGGUGUUUUCUCUUGGGGCGAGGAUGAAACCACACUAAAGAAUAUCAACAUGAGAGUUGAAAAAAAUCAGCUGGCUGCAAUCGUCGGCACCGUCGGUUCGGGUAAAAGUUCUGUGUUGUCCGCGUUGUUGGGCGAAAUGGAGAAAAUCUCCGGUCGGGUUAACACAGUUGGACGAAUCGCGUACGUCAGUCAGCAGGCAUGGAUUCAGAACGCAACUCUACAAAAUAACAUUUUAUUUGGCAAGCCAAUGGAUGCUAAGCGAUAUCAGAAAGUGAUAGCCGCCUGUGCAUUAAAACCGGACAUUGAUAUGUUACCUGGAGGGGACCAGACUGAGAUCGGUGAGAAAGGUAUUAAUCUGUCUGGUGGUCAGAAGCAACGUGUUUCACUAGCUCGUGCGGUGUACAGCGAUGCGGAUAUUUUCUUCUUGGACGAUCCCCUGAGUGCAGUUGAUUCGCAUGUCGGAAAACACAUUUUCGAACAGGUUAUUGGACCAAAUGGGCUGCUGGCUAAAAAAACUCGCAUACUUGUGACGCAUGGCAUCACGUUCCUACCGAAUACGGAUAUAAUUUUUGUUUUAAAAGACGGUGAAAUCUCAGAAUCUGGAUCAUACCAAGAACUUAUGGACAAAAAAGGAUCAUUUGCCGAGUUUUUGAUCCAGCAUCUGCAAGAAGUGAAUGAUAGUGACGAAGACAUAGAUGAAAUCAAAGCGCAGAUUGAGUCGAAUGUUAGUAAUGAAGAACUGAAACAUAAGUUUGAACGAGCGAUUAGUAAACGGUCUAGAAGUGGCAGUACAUCGGACACUGGCUCUGGAAAUGAAUCAUAUUCCCGACAAGCUUCGGAUAUAGGAGGCAGUAACACUAGUUUGAGGCAACGAACGCCCGAGAAGAAAGAAGAACCUCUGAAAAAUAAGCUCAUUGAACAGGAGAAAUCAGAAACAGGAAGCGUGAAAUGGGAAGUUUACAAGCAUUACCUUAAAAGCAUUGGAUUGACACUAUCAUUGGCUACAGUGUUCCUAAAUUUGAUAUUUCAAGCAUUUUCCAUAGGAUCAAAUUUAUGGCUUUCGAGAUGGUCCACCGACGCAGCAGCGACAAACGAUACCAGCGUACGAGACAUGUAUCUUGGGGUUUAUGGUGCAUUCGGUGCCGGCCAAGCAUUUUUCGUCCUACUGUCGACUCUGGCUUUGUACAUUGGAACCCUAAGAGCUUCACGUGUCCUGCACAAACGAUUACUACAAAGCGUGAUGCGUUCGCCGUUGGCUUCGUUUUUCGACAUAACACCCCUUGGCCGAUUAUUAAAUCGCUUUGGCAAAGAUAUAGAAGCAUUGGAUAACGAUCUACCGGCCACACUUCGUGCCUGGACAGCUUGUUUUUUUGGGGUGGUAGCCACAUUAGUCGUAAUAACAAUUUCGACACCAAUCUUCAGUGCCGUUAUCGUUCCAAUUGGCAUUCUGUACUACAUGGUGCAACGGUUCUAUGUUGCUACUUCCCGCCAACUAAAACGGCUGGAAUCCGUAUCUCGUUCGCCGAUUUAUUCACACUUCGGUGAAUCCAUUCAGGGUGCCCAAACAAUUCGCGCCUACAGCUUACAGGACAGAUUUAUCAACGAAUCAGACUCCCGCGUUGAUUUCAACCAGGUCUGUUACUUUCCGAGUAUCAUUGCGAACCGAUGGCUGGCUGUACGGUUGGAAAUGGUAGGCAAUUUGAUUAUCCUGUUUGCUGCCCUAUUCGCGGUGAUGAGUCGAGAAACAAUGAACCCCGGUCUGGUGGGGUUAUCCGUGUCAUAUGCGCUGCAAAUAACACAAACGCUCAACUGGUUGGUUCGUAUGACCUCGGAUGUCGAGACAAACAUAGUGGCCGUUGAACGUAUCAAAGAGUAUGGUGAGACGAAACAAGAGGCGGCAUGGGAAUUGCCAAAUAACAAUCUUCCUCGGGAUUGGCCGGAGCAAGGCCGAGUGGAAUUUCAAGAUUUCCAAGUUCGGUACCGUGAAGGUCUUGAGCUGGUGCUGAAAGGAAUUUCGUUUACAGUUCAAGGCGGAGAAAAAGUUGGAAUCGUCGGACGAACAGGCGCUGGUAAAUCAAGUUUAACGUUGGCAUUGUUCCGUAUUAUUGAAUCCGCAGGAGGGAAAAUUAUUAUUGACGGCCAAGAUAUAUCGCAACUGGGCUUACAUGCCUUGAGAUCGCGGUUAACAAUUAUUCCACAGGAUCCGGUGUUGUUCUCGGGGACAAUGCGUAUUAAUCUUGACCCUUUCAACGUUCAUUCGGAUGAGGAGAUUUGGAAAGCGUUGGAGCAUGCCCAUCUAAAGGCAUUCGUGAAAGGUCUCACGGCAGGCAUUAACCAUGAAGUCAGCGAAGGUGGUGAAAAUCUAUCAGUCGGGCAACGACAGUUAAUUUGCUUGGCCCGUGCACUUUUGAGGAAAACUAAAGUACUUAUUUUAGACGAAGCUACCGCCGCUGUUGAUCUGGAAACAGAUGAUCUGAUUCAGAGAACUAUUCGCACCGAGUUUAAGGAUUGCACCGUGCUGACGAUAGCACAUCGCCUCAACACCAUUAUGGAUUCGGACAAGGUGAUUGUGCUGGAUAAGGGACAAAUUGUAGAGUACGCUGCGCCAAACGAAUUGUUACAAAGCAGAUCAUCGGCAUUCUACAGUAUGGCCAAAGACGCCGGACUCGUGUAAUUUUUUUUCCUUACUUUUCAUUAUCGGGUACAGUUUGUGCAUGUACUUUAACAUUUAGGAUGAAAGUUUCCUUAUUUGUUAACAAUUGCAUUAGUUUACGAUUGCUGUUGUGUGCAACUAAUCUCUGUUAUUUUGUGUGAAAUAUGUACACAUGCGUAGCUGUUAUUUCAAAUUGAUAUGUUGAGUUGCAUUUAUACAAAAUUGCUACUUCCGUAUUUUCAACACAGUAAAAACCUCUUACAUAAUAAAAAGGCAGACAUCAUUCAUUACUUUUCUGACCCGUGAACGAUAAGGUCAAGAACUGACAAAAAAACAACUUACAUAUUGUACCAGUUGGUUCUUAAUUUUGCAACUUUUGUACUUAUUGUUUUGCAAGAAUAUGAGACAUCAAAUACAACAACGAGAUUGCCGCGCCGCGCACUGAUUAUUUAAUUUUACAUUUAUGGCCAGUUCAUGAACACAAGAUACUUAAAGCGUUGAAAGGUAUACCUAAACCGCAUUGAAAACUUAAACCUCAAAGUAAACAUCACACACACACUUAAUUGCACUACAUAAUAGGAAAAACAAAACAAAUGUGUUCAUAAAACAUACCUGUUCUAAAUUGAAUCAGAACGAAAUCCACCGGCGAUGAAUGACUCUUUCGAUGUACUUCUGUACGUUUUCAACUGUUCAGUGAUACUCUACGGCUCUGUUUGAACUGCCUUGUACAAAAAUAAUUCAUAAAAAAAAAUAUUUAAAUUUUAUGUAUGCUAUUCGCAUCUUCUUUUUAACACAGUUCGAUUCAAUUUUGAACGGGGAUACAAGAAAGGGUAUGCGGAAUUCGAAUCCGAAAAUAAAACAAAAACAAGUACAAAGUAUCUCCUAACUUUCUUUGAGCUGAACUGUAGUUUCUCACGGUUUUGAUUAUUUAACAGCAGAAGAAACAGAUUACCGAAAAAAAACACCGGAAAGCCAUGAAUGACUCACUGACCCUGGUAACAUAGAAAUAUUUAAGUCAAGAUUUUUCCAACAACGCUCGAACACGUAUUUCAAUUAUUUUAAAGUGCCUGUACCACUGUUGCUCAGUAAUUAUAAUAAAUUAACCUAAACGAAAUAUAUAAAGCACUCACUAAAAGUCGAAGCUAUUCUUGCGUUAAAUCACGAAAUGAGGCGCCAACAGUUAAGCGUUAUCGUCAAUAAAUAUUGUCUCAUCGAAAACGGCUACUCCCGUGAAUAGACAACUAUACGAAACCAUUCAAAGUUGAUAGUUACUGGAAAUACUGGUAAGUAAUUUAAAUUGUUUCUUUUUUGAAAAUCGAUCUAAUCAAACAUUUUGAAUAUUAAAUCGAGUGGUUCAGUGUGGCUUUCCAAAUUGUUGCUUUUUCUUCCCGUCACAAACACUAAAAACAAUUAUGUUUUACAGGAAGCAUCAUUAGGUUUGAAGGAAAACAACUGUGUUAUUUAGGAUCAAAAAGAGAAAUAAAUUCUAUGUUUUGCCUACUUUUAUAAAACAUUUCAUAGAAAAUA